GUCGGCGCAUCAAGCCUUAGAAGAAGACAAUAACCGCAGCUGUAGAAACGGAAGAAAAUCUGGUUCGGUGGCUAUUCGGCUCUUUUUUUCGGUGAGAGGAGAAAGUUUCACCGUUCAUCAACUCAGAACAAAAAUAAAUCAUGCUGCUUCGUAAGGUGAGCCAGACUUCCGCGGUGUGCGGAUCCCUCCUCAGGAAUCCUGCCGUGCUGUCGGGAGGUCAGCGCCAAGCUGCGAUAGUACUCGCUGUACCAAACGGUCGGCUCUACGCCAGUCAAGCUGCUCAGGCCGUGUUGGAGAAACCUGCUGCGGUCAGCAGCGAUGCUGCUCCUAAAGUGGAGAAGGCCGUCGCUGCUGAAUCCAAAUCAUUUGCCGUCAACAUGUUCAAAGGACAAAUUGCAACAGUUCAAGUAUUCCCCUUCCCCAAAGCUCUGAACCAGGAGCAAGAGCAGUUCCUCCAGGAGCUCGUUGGCCCAGUCAGCAAGUUUUUUGAGGAGGUGAACGAUGCUGCCAAGAACGACGCUCUGGAAAAGGUGGAGGAUCACACCAUGGAGGGCCUGAAGGAGAUGGGGGCCUUCGGCCUGCAGGUUCCGGCUGACCUGGGGGGCCUCGGCCUCUCAAACACCCAGUACGCUCGCCUGGUUGAGAUCGUCGGCAGUCACGAUCUGGGAGUCGGCAUCACACUGGGAGCUCACCAGUCAAUCGGCUUUAAGGGAAUUCUGCUGUUUGGAAACAAAGCCCAGAAGGAGAAGUACCUUCCCAAACUUGCCACAGGUGAGCACAUUGCCGCGUUCUGCCUGACUGAACCCGCCAGCGGCUCCGACGCCGCCUCCAUCAAGACCACAGCUGUCGUCUCCCCUUGCGGAAAGUUCUACACUCUGAAUGGCAGCAAGAUCUGGAUCAGCAAUGGAGGUUUGGCUGAGAUCUUCACCGUUUUUGCCAAGACUCCCAUGAAAGAUCCUAAAACCGGAGAGAUGAAGGACAAGAUCACAGCUUUCAUUGUGGAGAGAAGCUUUGGAGGAGUCACGCACGGCCCCCCAGAGAAGAAAAUGGGCAUCAAGGCGUCCAACACGGCCGAGGUUUACUUCGAGGACGUUCGCGUGCCGGCCGACUGCGUUCUGGGCGAAGUGGGCGGCGGCUUCAAAGUGGCCAUGAAUAUCUUGAACAACGGUCGCUUCGGGAUGGCGGCCGCCCUCUCGGGCACCAUGAAAGGCGUCAUGGCCAAAGCUAUCGAUCAUGCAGCCAACAGAACCCAGUUUGGGAACAAGAUUCACACCUACGGAGCCAUCCAGGAAAAGGUGGCCCACAUGACAAUGCUGCAGUACGUGACAGAGUCAAUGGCCUACAUGAUCAGCGGGAACAUGGACAGCGGCGCCACAGACUUCCAGAUAGAAGCUGCCAUCAGCAAGAUCUUUGCCUCUGAAGCUGCUUGGACUGUGACAGACGAGAGUAUUCAGGUCAUGGGAGGAAUGGGUUUUAUGAAGGACUCCGGAGUGGAGCGGGUGAUGAGGGAUCUGAGGAUUUUCCGAAUCUUUGAGGGAACCAACGACAUCCUGAGGCUCUUCGUGGCGCUCAAUGGCUUCCAGAAUGCCGGGAACCAGCUGAAGAGCAUACAGAAGGCCCUGAAGAACCCCUUAGGCAACGCCGGGCUGCUAGCAGGAGAAAUCACAAAGAGAGCCAAAAGAAAGGCAGGUCUGAGCACAGGUCUGACUCUGAAGGGAAGCAUCCACCCUGACCUGGCACAGAGUGGAGACCUGACAGUGAAAGCCAUCGAGGAGUUCGGCGCCGUCAUCGAGGAGCUGUUGGUCAAACACGGCAAGAAGAUCAUCGACGAGCAGUUUGUUUUGAAGAGAGUUGCCGACUGCGCCAUCGACCUCUACGCCAUGGUGGUCGUCCUGUCCAGGGCUUCCCGUUCUCUGAGUCAGAGCCAACCUUCAGCUCAGCAUGAGAAGAUGCUGUGUGACACCUGGUGUAUGGAGGCUCAUGACCGGGUCAUGCAGGACAUUAAGCUGCUGCGCUCCGGUCAGUCCAAACAGCUCUUCAACAACAUGCGGUCCAUCUCUGCCGCUGUGGUGGAGAACGGCGGCCCGGUGUCUCCUCAUCCCCUGGGUUUCUAAAGUCCCACUCUCAACCGCAUCAAUGGAUUUAAUUUGUUUUUGGGGUUUUUUCUCCAAUUUUUCAGGAUUUCUACAUCCUAUAUUGAAUGCCAAGUCCAGCCAGAAUUGACCCAUUUUAAUACAUCUAUUUCGUCACUUUUUUGUUGUUGUUGUUGUCAAAAGCAAACAAGCCUUGAAAAUCUUGACUCGUUUCUCGCUGUGGCAGACAGGAGCUUGUAAAUAGACUGUAGCUGACCGAUCAGUGAUUCACAGCUAAAGUAUGAAUAUAUGCAGUUUUUUGUUUUAACAAUAUUACAACACAAUGUGACGCAGAUGGCGACUCAGUCAACAGAAACGUCUGUAAAAUAAAAAGCAGUUUAGGGUCUAAACUAAGGGCAAAGUUUUUCGGUUGUCUUUCUAUUUUUUAUGUACAUUAGUCUAAAUUGUGUUUCAUGUAUUUAAGAAUGUGCUUUGUAUGUACUAAAAAGGCCUUUCUGCAUGUGAAGCUCUUAUAAACACAAUAUCAGAUUGAAAACUUUUGCCUUAGGUUCUGAUUGAAGUUCCUGCUGUGCUUUGACUCAAAACUCAUCAAUGCAGCCGCUGGCUCUCAUUAGCAGUCCUCAACUGUAAACGUGUACUGUCAUCUGCAUAUUUAAUUUUAAAGUGCAUACUUAUCUGGGAAGCCUGUGGGUUUAUCAUAUGUAUAAUUACAUGCUAAUAUUUAUAUUGAGUGUCUCAGAUGUUAGACUUGGAUCACAUUGGUCGAGGGGUUUCAAGUGAUAAAAUAUGCUCACAAUAUUCCACGCUUUUUUUUUCUUUUUUUUUUUUUGUGACAUGCUGUUUAGAUGAAUCUAAAAGUAUGUUUAUCCGUAAACUUAUCUGCCUCAUCAACACACGUGUGGAGCUCAGUGGACUUGCAACAUGCCAUUAAACACGCAUCUGCUGA